UCUACAAUGAAUAAGCAAUAACACAAUGUGUGCUUCUUUGAAAAAAAAAAGUACUAAAAAAAAAGUAAAAAAAAGGCUUUAUUUUGUUACCUUUUAGAUUUCAAAGCACAGGGGAGUUGAAGGAAAAGUCAGACCCUGUCUACAAACACAGGUGAAGAACAUGCAGUUCUUUUCACCUGUCUCUCUAAACUGCAACACUUGAAACACAGAGAAAUGAUUGAAAACGAAGUAAUGAAACUCUUGAGUGAUCGCAAACACUGCACACUUUCUGAUGAACAGUUGAAACGUGACUUUCAACAGAUGUGGACAAAAGUCACUUUAAAUGUGUCUGGACUGAAAGAGCUUAACAUAUCUGAAAAAGUCCUUGAACAGUUGAGGAUAAAUUUUGCAAAUCAUAACGUCAAUGAGGAAUUACAGAACAUUACAGACCUAAAGGACAUAGGAAAUAAGCUUUUUAAGGUUAAAACUGAACAUAAAAAAAUAGGUUUGAAAGGUUUGGCAUUCUGGCAAACAGAAGCUUCACAGAGAGAGUUGCAGAGUUGAGCAGACACUGUCAUUGAGUCUUGCACACUAUUUGUACUUGGUAAAGCAAAAACCGACACAGACUACCAUGACUCUUUUACAAAGGAUAUUUUGGAAAAAGUAGAUGAUUCCCUAAAAGGAAACACUUUCCAGCCCAAGUUUGAGAUUGACCUGAAACUUCACAUUUGUGGCAUUGCCUCAAGAGAGUUCCUUCAAAUGCACAGAAAUGUUCUGUUGUCAAGGGAUCCCAAAGUUCAGCUGGAGAAGUACAAGCCUCAGUACUUGUUGGAUUUUAUCGAUCUAUACAAAAAGAGAGAUCAUUGCCAACGCAAAGCAGAUGAUUUUGUCAGACUUUGUAUCAAACCUGCUGUGGAAGAGUACAUCAGUAGACAUCUGGGAACUAACAUUGUGGAUGAAGUUUUGGCAGGCCGCCAUUCAGCAGAGUACAGUUCACGAAACCUUUUCCAGUACAACAUUCAGAAAGAGUUGCUGCAAAAGGAACACUUUCAGAGUUUUGUCAAGUUCAUUUGUAAAUAUGAAAUGUACGUGAAGCACUUGAUAUUUCAGCACAUCUUGGAAGAAAUGUCAGAGGACAAAGCUUUAUGCAAACUGAAAGGUCAGAAUCUGAAAGUCAUAGUUAAGAAAAUAACAGAUGCAACUGAAAGGGCCUCAAAAGGAGAGGAUGGUGUCCUGCUGCCAGAUAACAAGGAAAGCAUCACAGAGCUCAUCAAAAACAUGCGCAGAUAUUUGACCAAAGAUAUCUCGCUUUCAGAAGAGGCUGAAAAAACCGCCCUGUUUCAAAUCCAAAGCACAUGCCAUCCAUUUAAAGAGAGCCUCAUCAAAUCAUUGAGAGAAAUGAAUGAACAGCUGCAGGAGGAGUUCUCAAAAUCUGAAGACAUCACUGAGACUGUGAACAAACUUCCAACCAAACCACAGGAUGAGCUUUUCAGUCGGGUGUUUGGUUGUGGACAACAAUGUCCAUUUUGUAAAGUUCCUUGUGAAGCAGGAGGCAAAGAACAUGAGAAACAUCAUGCAGCUGUUCAUCGGCCACAAGGUCUCGGUAGAUACAGGUAUGAAGACACACAGAAGCUGGUGGUAACAAUGUGCACAACUGAUGUUCACAGUGAACGUAAAUUCAGAUGUGCAGACACUAAUGGAGAGUAUCAUCCUUACAAGGACUACAGAACAAUCUACCCAGACUGGCUCAUUCCUCCAGACUACAAGAGGGAGGCAUCUGACUACUGGAAGUAUGUCCUGGUUAAAUACAAUGAGAGAUUUGCCCAAGAAUACGAGGCAAAGCCAGCUGAUGUUCCAGAAGCAUGGAGGAGCAUCAAACCGGAACAAGCACUGAAAGGCUUGAAGGAAGCAUUCAGCAUUAAAGACUAACCUGCAAUCCUGCAAACUCUUUAACAAGAGAGAGAAAACCAGAAGGAACCAGGAACUGAACACGCCAGGGCAGAAACACAAAACAGAUCGACACUGUUGUGAUAAAGUUGCACCGUGAUCUUUAGUGGCAUCCUGGGGUUUGACGAUCACUAUUAUUGACAACUGAUGAUUUUAAGAAGUUGCAGAGAAGUUCAAAAGCUUGAGAGUUAUGUGAGAUGUUUUUUUCUUUUUAAGAUUACACAUGUUUUGUUUUCUUUUAUCAAUCUCCUAUAAGACCUCUUGGACAAUGACUGGGAUGCUGAUGAUAAUGUUAACAAAAAAGAGGAACAAUUCUUUAAAUCUUUAUUGCUUUUUUUUUAUAUGUUCAAUAUAUUAUUUUCCUCUGUGUGUGAUGACUAGCGUAACAAAAUAUGAUUCUGAAAAUGAUGUACGUCAUAGUCCACCUGAAGAAAGAGAUUGUGUUAUUUGUUUUUGUCAUUUUAGUUUCUUGACUGCUACAUUUAUUUUCAGUAAACUGUUAAACGUUGUGCAUUAUAACUGGAGUGCACAACAAAGAGAUGUCACUGCUAAAGAUGCUUUGCUACAAAGACCGUGUUGGAGACAAAGAGAUGUUUUGUGAUGUAAUUGUCCGCAUGACUCAUGUAUCGCUUCACAUUUGAGCUUUUAAGUAACAAGUUUUGCAGAUAAAAACCAGGAGGAAAAAUGUGUGAUUUCAUACCAGUCUGAGAAUAAUACAUAAAGAUACAAAUACUUACUUUUUCUUGUUUUAUUAUUUGUAUUCAUUCCUUGUGUUCAUGCAAUGAUGUCUAAAGACCAUGUGAUGAGAUCAUGUUUGUUUUUGUUUUUACUACUUAUUAUUACUUUCUCCACAGUUUUUAUUUUUUUUGUUUUAGUAUUCAAAUUUUUUUGUAAAUAUAGACGUUGAUGUGAACUUGGAGAGAGCAUAAGCCAGCCUCAGUUGAAAGACUGUAAGUGCAUGUUGAUGACGUUUUGCUUCAAGUGCAAAUACUGUGGCAUCCUUCACAUCUUGUUGAUGAGGAACUUUUGAUUUUCAUUAUGUUAGACGGAUAAUGAUGUGAUGAACAAGUCAGAAAGAAGGACUGUUUGUUUGCUCUGAUUUAAUGUUUUGGAGUUUUGUGUUUUGAUGAUUUUCAUAAAGACUAGUGCAAAAUAUAAAGAAGCUGAUGUUGAUGAUGAUGUUAAAAUACAAGAACAGAGAAACAGAUGUUAUCUCAUAUGUCUUCAAUAUGUUUACUGUUAUAGUUUCAUUCAAGACAUUUUAUCAUUUAUAUUUUUCCUUUUUUUUUUUUCUUUAUAUUUUUCCUUUUAAAUGUUUUUUGUAUAAUACCUUUGAAAAACUCACACACCCACGCCGUGUGCACAAAAUGAUGAUGUAGGCAAAGACUAGUGAUGAGAUCAUGUUUUACUUACUUUUAUUUUUACUACUUACUAUUACUUACUCAAUUUAUUUACAUGUUUUAUUUUAUUAUUAAACUUUGCUUAAUACACAAAGGCCAUGAGACACAGAUGUUAUCUAAUGGCAUCACUAUUCUUUAAUAUUUCUACUGUUAUAGUUUUACGCAGGACAUUGUUAUCUUUUCAUUUAUAUGUUUUACUUUUAAAUAUUCCAUUUGUUUUAUUCUUUUUGAAUAAUUUGCUUAAAGAACAUUAUGCUGUGUGCACACUAUGAUGUUGUGGGUCUGUGUCGUACCGAGACCAUGUGAUUAAAUCAUGUUUUACUUACUAUUAUUAUUCUUACUUAUUUUACUUUUUUUCAACACUUAUUGCAGUGCAUCCUUAGUGCUUAAAGUACAGACCAUGAGAAACAGAUGUUUUCUAACAUGCACUCAUUAUUCUUUAAUAUGCUCUACUGUUUUGUUUAUUUGAAGUUAAGGCAGUGAAUAAGAAAUGUUUAUGUUGGUGUAACUGACUUUUUGCUGUAGAUUAAAUAUACAUCUAAACAAGUCAACAGCAGAGAGUACUGUUGAUCAUGGUAUUGAUAUUUUCAGAUAUAUUAAAAGUCGAUCCAGAGAUAAGAAAGUUGAAAAAUAAAUCAUAUAUAGUUUACCAUCUAUAUUCUUUUUUUUGUUGUUACUUUUAUUCAAUUUUACAAACAUAAAGUUGUGUGCAUAAUGGAAACCAACAAAAUGAUAUGUUGUCAGAUCCUAU